ACAUUUCAAUUUUCUGACUAAUGAAUUCUGUUUGCACAAUUGCAAGUUUAACUACACAGUGUUUUACUUGUGUUAGAGGAUCACACCUCAGUGUUAACGUCGAAUAUCUGAUGCUGAUUCUUUACUACACCCCCAGUGCACGCAAUUUCAGAAACUCUGUAUUGGACAUGCAUUUUAGAAUUUAUACAAAUUCUGACUCUAACUGGUUAUGCCACUUGUAAUUAAGUGAUUGUCAGCGUUUCUGAAUGAGGACAGAUAUUUUACAGUUACUGAUAACUUGUGCAGUUUCUGCAAAUGACCACAUAGCGACGCUAUAGACCGUGACAUUAAAAAUCGUCAAGGCUCCUCCCAGAGUGUUAACGGAACGACUGUGGUUUUCAUCACAAAGACACACGAGAAGAGAGGGACGGCAUAAUGGAGUAUUCGUCUUUAAACAUAAGACAAUCGACAUAGUGUGGCCUUGUACUCUGUGACGUCUUAUCAUUUUCACGGUGGACGCAAAAUUGUGGAUAUAUUCUUUGUACUCUUUCGAUGGAAUUAUGCCUUUACCGAAUACUAGGAGGUCCAUUGUUGCAAGCCUUGUUCUUGUGCUGCUGGAUUGUUACUGGGAAGCGGCGUCGGCGCAGCUCUCUUAUUCCGUUUCAGAAGAGGUAAACCCAGGGACGAAUGUCGGAAAUAUCGCCAAGGAUCUGAACCUGAGUGUGCAGGAUUUAGAGUCCCGUUUGUUCCAAAUUGUUGCAUCUAAAAGGAAAUACUUUGAGGUUAAUCUAAAGACCGGAUUUUUGUAUGUAAAUGAAAGGAUAGACCGAGAGGAGCUUUGUACAGAUGAACUCAAAUGCACCGUCAGUGUCGAGGCUGUGAUUAACAAUCCGUUAAAGCUUUACCGAGUGGAGAUAGAAAUUAGAGAUGUAAAUGAUCAUUCUCCGUCUUUCAACACAAAAUCACAAAUACUGGACAUUGCAGAGAAUACUUUGCCCGGAUUUAGAUUUGCGUUAUCGGAGGCGAGCGAUGCUGAUGUGGGUAAAAAUGGUGUUAGUGCGUAUAAGCUCAGCCCAAAUGAAUAUUUCAGUCUGGCGACACAAAAACGAGGAGAAAGUGUAUCUCCAGAGAUAGUUUUACAGAAAGCAUUAGAUCGUGAGAAAAAGCCAAAUAUACAGCUCCUGUUAACUGCGGUAGAUGGAGGUUCCCCACCAAAUACAGGAACAUCAGAAAUUGAAAUAGAUGUACUUGAUAAUAAUGAUAAUGCACCGUUAUUCAGCAAUAGUCUGUACAAAGUUAAAGCGUUAGAAAACAUUCCGGUUGGUACUGCGAUUUUCACCUUAAACGCGACAGAUGCUGAUGAAGGAUCGAACAGUGAAAUAGUCUACUCUCUUCGGAGUAAGGAUCAGGACUAUAUUCUGGAUAUUUUCAAAAUUGACCCUGAAACGGGGAUCAUUUCAGUAAAAGGCAAAAUUGACUAUGAGGAAAGAAAAGCUUUCGAGAUCAGAGCGGAGGCGAGGGACAAAGGCCAGCCCCCACUGUCUGCUCAUAGUAAAGUGCUUGUAGAAGUAAUAGAUCUAAAUGACAAUGCUCCUGAAAUCACAGUGACGUCACUUCUGAACACAGUGAACGAGGACGCUGAUGUCGGUACUGCCAUUGCACUUGUCUCUGUUCUAGACAGAGACAGUGGAAAAAAUGGGGAAGUAAAAUGUGAGAUCCUCAAUACAGUUCCAUUCAAAUUAGAGACAAAUUACAAAAACUAUUACUCUUUAGUUGUUGACGGACAUCUAGACAGAGAGUUGACUCCCCAGUACAAUGUCACAGUUUUAGCUACCGAUGAAGGGAGCCCUCCUCUUUCAAACAUCAGCGUUAUCACUGUCUACGUUUCUGAUGUUAAUGACAAUGCCCCUUAUUUUCCAGAAUCUGUAAUAAAUGUUUCUGUGAAAGAAAACAGCAAAGUAGGAACAGUCAUUAAAACAGUGACUGCAGUUGAUGCUGACAUCAGUAACAAUGGACAGGUGAGCUACUCAUUUUUAGACGUUAAUGGUAAAUCACUGCCCCUCCCUACACUGAUAAACAUAAACUCAGAGACUGGAGAUAUAAUCAGCCUGCAAUCAUUUAACUAUGAGGAGCUAAAAACGUUCCAGUUCAGAGUUCAGGCCACAGAUUCUGGUGUUCCUCCACUCAGCAGCAACAUGACUGUGAAUGUUUUUAUUCUGGAUGAGAACGACAACAGUCCUGCAGUACUUGCACCAUAUUCUGAGCACGGAUCCGUCAACAGUGAGAGCAUCCCAUAUUCUGCUGAAGCAGGAUACUUUGUGGCAAAGAUCAGGGCUGUAGAUGCAGACUCUGGAUACAAUGCACUUUUGACUUAUCACCUGUCUGAGCCAAAAGGAAACAACCUGUUCAGGAUUGGAACCAGCACCGGGGAAAUCAGAACUAAGAGGAGAAUGAGUGACAAUGACCUCAAAACUCACCCUUUGGUGGUGCUGGUCUCUGAUAACGGAGAACCCUCCCUCUCAGCUACUGUGUCUAUUGAGGUGGCGGUGGUUGAAAGCACCGCUGACAUCCACACUCAGUUCAGACAUGUGCCCAUAAAGGAGGACAGUUUCUCUGAUUUGAACCUCUAUCUGCUCAUCGCCAUUGUGGCGGUGUCAGUCAUCUUUCUGCUCAGCCUCAUCAGUCUAAUAGCUGUCAGAUGCCACAGGACAGACGGCAAUUUCAGCAGGUACAGCGCCCCAAUGAUCACCACCCACCCUGACGGGAGCUGGUCUUACUCCAAAGCUACUCAGCAGUAUGACGUGUGUUUCAGCUCAGACACGCUCAAGAGUGACGUAGUGGUUUUCCCCGCACCAUUUCCACCUGUAGAUGCUGAACUGAUCAGUAUUAACGGAGGAGAUACUUUUACCAGGACUCAGACUUUACCUAAUAAAGAAAAGACUGCGUAG